AAUAAAAUCAUUUGGAAAAAAGAGACGUGGAAAGCUUUAGUUACUCACACACCGGUAAAUAAAUUAACAAAUUAUACAUAAUUACUUUUUUUAAAAAUUAAUAGUUACCAGAUCCAUAAAUCGAUUGUUGGGAAUAAUAUUUAAAAUUUAUGACUGAGUUAUAAUUUAAAUAUUUUCAAUAAAAUAUUUCACUAAUUAUUUUUUUCAAGUAUCGACACAACGAAUUGUUGACUGUACAAAACACCACAUAAUGGCGGUAAAAGGGCUGGUUGCUAGUAUUAUUAAGUUUUUGAUGCAACAAUUAGAGGAAGGUGAUAUCACAGCAGACUCACGUGAAAGUCUUGAGGUUGCUAUUCAAUGUUUAGAGAGUGCGUACAAUGUCCAAGCUGAUGAUUCACCAGCGAAUUUUGAUUUACUUAAUAGCUACAAAACAGCUGUAGAAAAUUUAAUAACAUUGCCAGCGGGUGAAGCGACGCCUGAAGAAAAAGCUGAAGCUGAAAAAUAUAAAAACGAGGGCAAUAAUUUAAUGGGUAAAGGAAACGUUGAAGAAGCUAUUGAACAUUAUACCAAGGCCAUAAAAUUAGAUGGACGUAAUGCUGUAUAUUAUUGUAAUCGGGCAGCAGCUUAUAGUAAAAUAAAUAAUCAUCGCGAAGCAAUAAAAGACUGCAAGACAGCAUUGGUGAUUGAUAAAAAAUAUAGCAAAGCUUAUGGACGAAUGGGAUUGGCAUACUCGAGUUUGAAUGAACACAAAGAGGCCAAAGAGUGUUACGAGAAAGCGUUGGAAUUAGAACCGACCAACGAGAGCUAUAAAAAUAAUUUGCAUUUAACAGAAGAAAAACUAGCACAGCAGGGUGUCAGUAAUAUUGGCCUUGGUGGCGCUGGUAACGCUGCUGGUUUCCCAGAUAUGAGCACCCUGCUCUCACACCCUGUGUUGAUGAACAUGGCCAGACAAAUGCUGGCCGAUCCUGGAAUGCAGACGGUCAUGAGUGACUUUAUGAGCGGCAAUGUUGAGUCCAACGACCGUAUGGAAGCUCUGAUCCAAGCAGGACAGCAAUUAGCACAACAAAUGCAAAGUGCCAAUCCAGAAUUAAUUGAUUUAUUGAGAAGACAAAUGGGCGGCAACCCAAAUGAUCCAGAUCCUCCACAACAAAAUUGAAUAAAAUCACAUAGAUUGAUAUCGAUUUAUAUAAUUGGUGAUAAACGCAGGCUACUGUAAAAAGAAAAAGUUUUUUUAAAUCUUUUUUAAGUAGUCGCCUGGAUUUUUUUUAACUAUCAGUUUUUUUUGAUUAAAUAAUUUAUAUUAUAUACAUUUGGAUUAUUAAAAAAAAUUUGGUCUCCAUGUAUCCACAUUGUUAACAAAUAUAUAGAAAUCAAUACGUAAUUUAGUUUAAACCAACAGUUCGUUUUUUUUCUCUCUAGCAUUUGCACAAUAAAUUCAAAUUUUUUUGACGUUUUUAUUUCAAAUUCGUAACUAUUUUUUUUUUGAAAUUUUUAUAUUUAUGUCAGACAUUAGAAUUUUAUAUCUUUCAUCUGAAAAUUUGUUUUCAAGGGCAGCGACUUUCAGAACUUUUUAAACAAAAGUUUAAACUUUUAAAAUCUCCCGCCAGACCGCAUCUGCGCAUAAUCAAAUUAAACUCCGCGUCGCCUUCAGAUGUCACUGAGGACUUUAAUCAAAAUUGUUAUUAACAAAACCAAUAAACAUUUAACAGUAAAACAAUUGUUAUCCAACUUCUAGAACAAUAAAAAAACAAUUACAAACAAA